UUUGGUGACGCAUGUUACGUAGGGUCGUUCAAUACCUCUAUACUCACAUUAGCAAGCUCGAUCAUUGUCAGGAGUAUAACAUGUAUCACAGAAUCAGAUAGUCGUUAUUCAAGUGUGCUCCUUCUAAAGCUAUCGGUGUGUUUAUUCACGCAUCAACAGUCUGGACGAAAAUGACGGAUUUGACAGACUCCCUGACCAAAGAGGGCUGGUACCUCAGUGAUGAAGGCAUAACAGAACUGAAAGGAUCUGCUGAGAAAAUAACACACAAUGACCUUAUCCGUAUUGCACUUGACAGUGACCUCAGGCCUAUUGGGAGGAAAGUUCUACCAUCUGAUAUCAAUAGUGGACGAACUGAGAAGUUGGAAGGUCCAUGUGUGCUUCAGGUGCAGAAGGUGAGGAACGUCUCGGCUCCUAAAGACCACGAGGAGUCCCAGGGCGCGCCGCGAAUGCUGCGCCUACAAAUGACAGAUGGGCAUACCACCUGUGUUGGAUUGGAGUUUAAACACCUGUCUAAGAUCAGUCUAAAUACCCCCCCUGGAACAAAGGUAAAGCUUCUUGGUACAGUCCAGGUUAAAAAUGGUCUUUUGCUGCUCGAUGACUCAAAAAUCUGUGUCCUUGGAGGAGAGGUGGAUCACAUGGUGGAGAAAUGGGAACUACAAAGGAGUCUGGCCAAACACAGCAGGAGUAACAUUGGAGCAGAAGGCGGACCCCCACCGUUUGUGCCAUUUGGUCAGAAGUGCGCAAGGAAGGAUGAAGUAGACAGCAGGGAACUGGAUCAGAGGAAGACCCUGCAGUCUCAAAGUGUGGUCAAGAGUACUGACGAGAAUGAUGAAUUUGAGAAGCAGCGGACAGCAGCUAUUGCUGAGGUGGCCAAGACCAAAGAGGGUCCGCGUACGUUUGGAGGUGGAGGAAAUGCAGGCAGUAAUUUAUCCAGCACUGCUUCCUCCUCCCGGAGCCGAGACUCAUACCAGCAGAGGAGACGAGAAGACAGGGUUGAAAGAGCCGAAAGCAGACAAGAUGGAAACUACCGGGAGCUGGUGGAUGAGCGUGCCCUGAGAGACAUCAUGGAGAUGGGCUUUAACAGGGAGGCUGCUCGGCAGGCUCUAAUGGAUAAUAACAACAACCUUGAAGUGGCACUAAACAGCUUACUAACUGGAUCUUCUGGUAGCAGACCUGGCCCUGUGGUAGCUGACUCCAACAAGCCGCAACCCAGAGCCAGAGGAAGAGGAAGAGGCAGGUCCAGAAAUGAAGACGAGGAGGAGGGAGCAGGAGGAAGGCCAUCUGGACCGAGCACUCUUUUUGACUUUCUCGAAUCCAAAAUGGGAGUUUUCUCCAUUGACGAGCCAAAGAGCCAGGCACCUCAGAGACACCAUGACAGUAGAGUGAAUUUCUCCAACUCCGACUAUUACUCCAAAGACACAUCUCAGAACAAGUUCUCCUCACAUAAUGACCACAGGCAACAAAGGAAUGACAGACCACCUCGCUUCCACAGGGACUUUGAUUUUCCUAAACCCGGCCAGGAGCCUCUCUCUAACUGUACAACCUCUCAGACAUCAGCUCAAUCCCAGCAGUGGAGGGGCCAGGAGAGGUGGUCACGAGGCACAUCAGAUAGGUCGCAAAAUGACAGGAGAGAGAUGAGAGACGAGCAGAUUUUCCCUUCAUCUUUCUCUGCUACUUUCACACAAUCAAAAGAACCUCAGCAGCAGAUGGAGUUUAGCGGAUCUUACCACCAACGAUCCAGAAAUGGAGAUGGCGGUGGGAACAUGUCUGGACCGUCGAACAGGAGAGGGGUAAGGGACAACGCACCUAAAGUGACUGAUUCUGUAGGAAGUGAGCCUGAAGGAAGAGGAAAUAGUAAACGCACGGACAGAAUUGAAGAACCCAACAACAGCAGGAGGAAGGGGAAGACUGACAGGCCAAACUCAGAGCACUUUGACCGACAAAGGGACAGCGGGCCACCCAACUUUAACAUCAGGGGAGGAAGUGCCCCCCAAGAAGUGGGGCUAUCGCGGGAUUGUCGAAUCAUGACAGGGGAUCCGUCUCAUUUCCAAAAUGGAGAUAUGGAACACAAAAGGACUGGGCCAAUCAAGCCAACAAACCCAUCGUGUCCCCCGAACAGGGAGCAGCCCCCCAAGAAAAACACCACUAAUAACCCAGGGCCUAAAAGAAGGUCAGGACAAGGCAAAGGUCAAGGUCCCCGAGGACCAGAGAAAAGUCAUUUUGUGGAACAUGCUUGGAAACCUGGAGACCAGUGCCUGGCGCUGUACUGGGAAGAUGGCAAGUUCUACCAUGCCAGAAUAGAUGCUGUGCAUCCAUCAGGCUCCACGGCUGUGGUUGUAUUUAGUGACUAUGGAAACUGCGAAGAGGUCCUGCUGCAUAACAUCAAACCCGUUUCUGCUGAUGCGUUGUAACAUCACAACCAUAUCAAAUGUCCAAUGGCAGGAGGAAGAUGAUGGUUACUAUGACAGUUCGCUUGAGUUUCGCCGUGGGGGUGAUGGACAGCCUAGACGCACUAGACCCACACAGCAGUAUUACCAGCCACCUAGGGCACGAGAUUGAUGUGUCUGCGUUUACACUGGCAGGUAAAAAAAUCUGAUUUUUUUGCCCAGUGGUUGUGUGAACAAUGUGUGAACAUUGUUAAUAUUUUUACAUGGAAAAUUUGUAUCCAUAACACUUUUCAUCAUGGUGGAAGUCUGGAAUAUGUAGGCAUUUUUGUAACCUAGUCUGUUGCAUAAUUACCUAUGUAUUAAAAAAUGUUUGCCAACCACAGCUCAAAUUUAUAUGUAGAGAUUUACCUUGUAUAAUUGUAUACAAUGCAUUGUGUAGAAGAAUGUGAACAAUGUCUGCAGCGGUUGUGAUCUUACAAGACGCCCAGAAAUGCAAGGUUAAUUUUGUACAUGUAUUUAAUAUUUUUCUUUCUCUUCGCCCAUCUGUGUGCUCGUCCCACAUCCUUCCAUGACAGAGAUUAUGUCACUUUCUGCAACAAUCCAGAGUGCUUCCUGAAUUUUUAAGUGUCCACACAUCGCCAGGACAUACCGAACUUUUCAAAGGGCUUGGACAUAAUGCAAAAAUAAAAGAAAUACUGACAUGGGCACCUGUUGAUUUUUGUUAAGGACAUAUCUACUGUAUAUGUUGUGAAGAUUUGUUAAAUGGAUGCUUAAAAUAAACAAUUAUUAUAGUAUGUAGCUGA